CACGCAAUACAUCAAGAGUCGGAGUCAGAGCCACUAUUUAUCACCCUCCCAUUUGUCCUCUGGCUGAGUGAAAGAAAGAAAGUUGUCCGCUUUUGGAACCCUUUGACAUUCAGGGGUCUUCCAUUGCUACCGCCACAAGUCCAUGCCGGCUUUUAUUCUCCCACUAAACACCCCACGGCCUGGUUUCUCCUUCUUUUAACGAAAAGCCAAAGGCCAAAGCUCCCCUCCAUUGCCAAAAAAGCUCAAAAAGUUACAGCCAUAUCUUCACAGGGAAGCUCCCCGGUCAAAAGGGUCGUCUUUCUCCGAGACGCUUUUUGUGGGUUUUAGGCAGCAUUUCAGCUCUGCAAUUUCCAGACUCUGAUAGCAGCAAGUUUUCACUUUGUGGGGUUUCUCCGGGAAGGUGAAAAAUGCAAGUGGGAAAGUUAAAGCUUUGGACUUUGCAGUCUGAUUAGAGGAGUUUGUGAAAAUUUUCUCCAGUUUUGGGCUGGCGGAGAUUAAUGGGGUUCGGAGGGAUGAGCGGCGGUGAAGGUAAAGUGCUGGGAUUAAGAGUGAAACAACACAAGCGUUCAAAAAGCUUUCCUGAGAAGAAGAGGGUGGAGGAAGAUGAUUUGGAUAGUUCCGGUGAAGCAUCAGACCGUGUGAAGCUGGAUAUGAGACGGUUCAAGGGCCGUGGUACAAAAACCAAGAAGAAACAACCUCCUACCGUGGAAGUGCACAACUCUUUAAAGCAAGAGAUUCUACAGCUUGAGAAAAGAUUACAAGAUCAGUUCGAGGUCCGUCGUGCUUUAGAAAACGCAUUGGGUUAUAGGUCUUCCAUCCAUCAUAACACAAACGAAAGUGUGAUGCCUAAGCCAGCUACAGAAUUGAUUAAGGAGAUUGCUGUAUUAGAAUUAGAAGUCACACAUUUGGAACAAUAUCUUCUCUCGUUGUAUAGGAAGGCAUUUGAUGGACAAUUUUCCACUGUUUCCCCAUCUAAGAAGGAUGAACGACUAAAACCAACUCCAACAACUCCAGGAAGCAUGUUCCUGGAAGUUUCCAAACCUGAUAUGCCAUUGGUGAGGGAAAACUUGGCAGUUGGAGCAAUAUCUUCUCUUGUCCACGAAAAUUCACAAAAGGACAUCAAUGAAAUUGGAGGAGAAGAGAAACUGUUAGAUUCCAGCAUUCACCGUUGCCACUCUGAACUUUCGCAACGCUCUGCAUUCUUAAGUAGAACCUCUCCAGAAGAGUCUUUGGCGAAAGCUUUGCGUUCCUGUCAUUCUCAACCAUUGUCCAUGUUGGAGUAUGCUCAGAAUACUUCGUCAAAUUUAAUUAGUCUGGCAGAGCAUCUUGGUACACGCAUUUCUGAUCAUAUACCAGAGACACCGAACAGGCUUUCAGAGGACAUGAUCAAGUGCAUGUCCACCAUAUAUUGCAAGCUAAUGGAACCACCCUUGUCACAUAAUGGCCUUUCAUCUCCCAACUCAUCUUUGUCAUCAUUUUCUCCGCGAGAUCAGAGUGACAUGUGGAGUCCACGAUGUAGGAAUAAUUCAUCUUUUGAUGUACGAUUGGAUAAUCCUUUUCAUGUUGAAGGACUUAAGGAGUUUAGUGGGCCAUACAGCACCAUGGUUGAAGUGCCAUGGAUUUAUAGAGAUAGUAAAAAACUAGGCGAUGUCGAGCACUUGCUACAACAUUUCAGGUCACUUAUCUGUCGUUUAGAGGAUGUAGAUCCAAGAAAGUUGAAAAAUGAUGAGAAGUUAGCGUUCUGGAUUAAUGUACACAAUACAUUGGUUAUGCAUGCGUAUUUGGCUUAUGGGGUUCCUAAAAACAAUGUAAAGAGAGUAUUUUUGCUUUUGAAGGCUGCUUAUAACAUUGGGGGCCACACAAUCAGUGCAGACACAAUGCAGAGCUCUAUCCUUGGAUGCAGAAUGUCUCGCCCAGGACAGUGGCUUCGUUUGUUACUUACUCCAAGGGCGAAAUUCAAGACUGGAGAUGAACGGCAAGCAUAUGCAAUUGACCAUCCGGAACCCCUUCUACACUUCGCACUGUGUUCAGGAAGCCAUUCUGAUCCUGCGGUUCGUUUAUACACACCCAAGAGGGUAUAUCAAGAUCUGGAAGCUGCAAAGGAGGAGUACAUUCGAGCUGCCUUUGGAGUGCGCAAGGACCACAAAAUUCUUCUACCAAAGAUUGUUGAGGCAUUUGCAAAGAGUUCAGGUUUGUGUCCGGUUGGUGUUUUGGAGAUGAUCCAACAGACAUUGCCUGAAUCUUUGAGGAAGACUGUCAAGAAAGUCCAUCUUGGGAAUCCUCGGAAGAGCAUUGAGUAUAUUCCUCACAAUUUCACUUUUCGGUAUCUGAUUUCUAAAGAACUGGUGAAGUGAACACUUGCGCAGGGUCCCAUACAUUCAUCAAGUAAUCUGCAACGGUUUUAAGGUUUUUAUGGUAGAAGAAUUCAUAUAUCUUUUUUGUACAAAGUAGAAUAUGAACCCGAAAAAAAAAAAGUAAAAAGAAGUGAUGGCUGGAGAAUAGAAGGGCGUAAACCCUGCAGCAUUUUGUUUCUGCAUUAUCUUGUGUUAGGCUAAGCAAAGUAUCUGCAAUGUUGUGAAUGAAUUGAGAUGGUGCACUGUAAAUAUAUCUUUUGUUUCCCUUAAACCAUCAUUUUUAAUAGUAAAAUGGAUUAGUGAUGUAGAUUGAAUUUU